AUGCACAUUCUUUGUCUACACGGAGCCGGCUCAAACUCUCGAGUCUUCGAGAUCCAAACCGCAGCCAUUCGGUACGAACUCGGUGAUAACCACACCUACGACUUCAUCGAAGGCAACAUCCCUGCCCCAAUGCAGCCGGGUAAGCCUCAUUCCCUCUUCUCCUCCUCAACACCAGCCUCCACAAGCCAGGAACCAAACGUGGUCGCAGGGAUCGAACUCAUCGCGACCAAGGACGAGCCGAUGUACGCUUACUUCGACGAGAAGAACCCGGAGAGCGGAGUCGCCGCCUACGGACACCUGGAGGAACUGCUCUACCACGAAGGGCCCUACGACGGCGUCAUCGCGUUCAGCCAGGCAGGCACGUUGAUCCUCACCUACCUCGCGUAUCUCGCCAAACAGAAGCCGGACAGCCCGCUGCCCUUCAAGUUCGCCAUCAUCCUUUCGAUCACUCACCCGCCCCUGGACUACGGCGCCAUCCAAAGCGGGGAGAUCCGGCCGAUAGACCUCGGAGCCCACCAGGAUGUGGUCCGCAUUCCCACGGCGCACAUCUGGGGCUCGCAGGAUCUGGCGGCGGGCGAGAUUGCGGUGACAAAUACCAUCUGCGCGGCCGGGGUGCGGUGGGUUGCCUCGUCGGCCGAAGAACAGGACAACGAGGUCUUUGGUCAGCCGAGGUACAUGCAUGGCGCUCGACUGUGGUUCGCUGGCGGCGGUAUCGCGCUGAGUCUAUUCCUCGCCACGGCUGAGAUCACAAUCAUUAGUACCUCACUAGUCACCAUCAGCCGUCACCUGGAUGGCUUCGAUCAAAGCACCUGGAUCAUCACCUCCUACCUGCUGGCGUUCGCGGGCUUCCUCACCGUCUGGGCCAAAUGCAGUCACUUUAUUGGGCUCAAGAUAACGAUUCUAAUCUCACUAGCCAUCUUCGUGGCCUUCUCAGGAGGCUGCGCUGCUGCCCAGACCAUGAGUCAGCUCAUUAUCUGCCGCGCCUUCCAGGGCAUCGGGGGAUCAGGGGUCUUUACCUCGUGUCUUUUCGGCCUGAUCUGCCUCCUUCCCCCUGCCAAGUUUGACAUCGCCAGUGCAGCGGGGUCAGGUGUGCUGACGCUGGCGCUGAUCCUGGGUGCAUUAAUUGGGGGUGGCAUCAGCACAUCCGGCGCCUGGCGUUGGAUUUUCCUGUUCAAUGUUCCGGCCGGGAUAGUGGCAUGGGCAACCAUCUGGAUCCUGGUUCCCAACGACCUUGAGAGUUCCCGAAAGGCCGGCGACCAGAUCCAUGGGCUCUGGAACUUCCUGGCCAAAGCAGACACCGUUGGCUGCCUGCUGCUGCUCUCCUUCUCCGUCUUCUUCGUGGCCGCCUUCGAGGAAGCGAACAUCCGGUACGCGUGGUCGUCAGCCGCCAUCAUCGCCAUGCUGACGAUCUCGGGCGUGUUGCUGGUUGGGUUUAUCGCAUGGGAGUGGUCCGUGGCCAAUCGCAAGUAUUGGGGAUUCGAGCCGAUUCUCCCUUGGAGCAUCCUCCGUAACCGAGUGUUGCUGGGAGCCAUCCUGGGCUGCUUCCUCACAGGACCUGCGGUCACAAUCCUGUACAUCGAACUCCCGCAGCGCUUCCAGACCGUCAACCACAGCACCGCGAUCGGCGCCGGGGUGAAGGUCCUCACGUUCGGGCUGGGCUCGCCCGUCGGCGCGGGGAUUUGCAGUCUCCUGGCCGGGCGCCUGCGCACUCCGUUCGUGUAUCUGGCGGCGGCAGGGUCCGUGCUGCAGAUCGUGGGGGCCUUCCUCCUCUCCUCGGUUCCACCCACCGUGGACAUCUGGCCGGGCCAGUACGGAUACAUGGUGAUCACGGGUCUGGGGACAGGGAUUUCCAUCGCGGCGCUGUACAUGUGUGUGCCGGUGGUGGUGACCACGGAUCAAGCAACUGCCAUGGGCCUGACGCUCCAAGCGCGCAUGAUCGGGGCCUCCCUCGGCGUGGCCAUCGUCAACACCAUCGUCAACAGCAUCUUGAUCGAUUACGUCAAGGGCCAUCUUCCGGCAACCGAGGCAGCAGCAGCGGAUCCGAACCUGCUCUCCGGGUUUCCGACGGCGACCCAGGAGGAGAUUCGCAAGGUCUACGCGGCGGGGUACAAUCGACAGAUGUACGCGGUUGGGGCGUUUGGAGCGGCGCAAUUGAUCGCUGUUGCCUUGAUGUGGAAGAGGGACCAAGUCCGGUUUGUCAAGUGA